AUGGCCUCACAGCAACACGACACCGUUUUCCCCGAAGAAGACAUCGACGACGACGAAGACGAAUUUCACGAAUACGAAGAAGAUGAAGAAGACGACGACGUUUUAGUAGAUGAAGAAGAAAACGAUCCUUCCUCUUCUUCCCGCUCCGUCCCCUCCGUCACAGUCGCCGUUCCCGGUUCCGUCAUCUCCAACGGCGUUAUCAGACCCCCAAUUUCAACUCCAACCGCAACAACCAUCGUCUUCGCCGAUUCCUUCCCCUCCGAUUCAAAACGCCAACGUAUAGAUCAAAUUGAAGAGAAAAAACCUAUAGAAGAUUCACGCAAGCUUUUUCAGCGCUUAUGGACCGACGAAGACGAGAUGGAACUCUUGCAAGGUUUCCUCGACUACACAACGCAGAGAGGAUCUUCUCAUCACAACGACACAGCUCAAUUCUACGACCAAAUCAAAUCCAAACUCCAACUCGAUUUCAACAAGAAUCAACUCGUUGAGAAGAUCCGAAGAUUGAAGAAGAAAUACCGAAACGUUCUGAACAAAAUCAGCUCCGGCAAGGAAUUCGUCUUCAAAACCGCUCACGAUCAAGCUACUUUCGAAAUCUCACGCAAGAUCUGGAACAACGUCGCGCCAAUUGCAGGUGAUGUUGCCAUAGACGACGACGAAAUCAACCUGAAUCCUAGUCCGAACCCUAACCUCAAUUUCAGUCCGGUAAUUCUCAAGACUGAGGCGAAUUCCAACACGAGGAAGCGUUCGCGGCCUCGAUCCGUUAUCAGACCGUUCGAGAAACGCGAAUCUAUUGAUUUAUCGAUUAGAGAUCGUGAUUAUCUCAAUAUCAACCUCAACAAUCCUAAUCCAAAUCCUCUUCCUAUUCCAAUUCCUAUUCCUCAUCCUAAUCCUAAUCCUAAUCUUAAUCCUUACGCUACUACUACAGCUACUGUUAAUGCUGCUAUAACACCUACUAUUACUACUACUACUACCACUCCUAAUGCUAAUACUGCAAUUAACGCUAAUAAUUAUAGUUAUAAUUGCAGUAGCAUUGGGAAUAGUGUAGCCGGUGUGAUUGAAGAAACAGUGAGGAGUUGUUUAUCGCCGUUGUUGAAGGAAUUGGUGGCCGGUGCAGGCGCGUCUGCGAUGGGAGGAUCGGUUGGAGGAGGGCGAGGAGGUUUUGGUUCCUCAAUGAAUCCGUUGCCGUUUCAGUUCAUGAAUUUUGGUUUUGGAGGCGGCAGUGGCGGAGAAAUUGUGGAUGAAAAAUGGCGGAAGCAACAGAUAUUGGAAUUGGAAGUGUAUUCGAAGAGAUUGGAAUUGGUUCAGGAUCAGAUCAAAGCAUCUCUUGAUGAGUUGCGUUCAGUUGGCGGAAAUGGAGGGUGA